AUGGCAGCCUACGGCGACCCAUCCACUACCUUCUUAGCGAUUAUCGACCAUCACCUCACCGAAGACGACCUUGCCGAGAACCCUAUCGCUCGUGAGGUCGACGCCGCACUCAGAGAGGCAGUCCAUUUUCUCACAAUGACCGCCGGUAAGAAUGGUGCCCUUUACGCGUGCACAGCGGCUUUGGGCGCGACUCGACGCAUCGUAUGUACCUGGCGCGACAGUAUGGCUGCGCUCCGGAAGGCAAGAGGAGACGCGGAAGUCGGCGGAGAGCAGUAUGCGGAGCGGGCCACAGAAGACUUGAUUAGAGCGGCCACGGCAGCAUUGACUCCGGAGGCGCAGGUGAGAGGCUCAGCCGAGUGUGAAGUGUUGGAUAUAUUCGUCGAGUGCGUCAAGGACCAGGACUCUGUGCCGUUUGAGACAAUUGCCGAUAUCACCAAAGGCGCAGAAAAGGCAUACUUGCUCAUCGCUGAGACGACCGAAGACUUGAAGAAGAUCCUAGAUGCGCCUAAAACGUUCAGCUCUAUUCACGUACGUAAGCCUGAUGAGCCCGGUUACGAUACGGUAAUUGCAUCCUUCACUAGAGACACGCCAGGUGUAACAGGCGAUGUUGACGAGGACGACUGGGAGGAGCAAGCCGUCUAUAGAGCUAGAGCGAAGGAGCGAGCUGCAUACCUUCACCAGACACUAGAGGGUCGUGGAAACCAUGGGCACGGUCCAGGGAUUAGAUACGAUAACGAGGAGCUGGACUUCAUCAGCGGAUUGAUUAUCAUCUCGAGAGACGGAAUGAACUGGGAUGAACUUGUCGACGCAACGAACGAGUACUUCAAAAACAAGUAUCGGAUGAACCGCAAGGGCGCGUUGCAUGCGAGGGCCAAGCGGACAAGAGACUCGUUGCGCCAUCAAUCUGCCUUCAAGGACCGGGCAGAAUGGUUUCAGUGGCUCGAUGCCAAAACAGACCCGCAAAAUCCGGCGAUCAGCAUCAAUUGGGCGCAGGUUGGUCGCGAAUACCUUACUGAAGAUGGCAAUCCGGAAGAUGGAGGCGAGGCCGCGUCGGCUGAGGCGGCUGAUGUGGGUGAGAGCCCGUUGAUCUUGCAGGCUAGUGACAAUCGUGCAAUGGCUCAAGCAUACGGUUUUGCGACGCAGCCUCUUGAGGCCGAGGAGGAAGUUGGUAGCGAUGCGAUGGAAGUUGACGUGUGACCUUGGACACUCAAAGUGUCAUAUAAGCACUCUGCGACAAGCGUAAAAGCUAUACUAUAGUGAAGUACGAGGGUUUUUCCCACCCGCCAGAUGAGCC